AAACAAAGUCCUCAACCACAGUGAGCCCCGGUAGUAUCUGCAUGAUAUACGUGUGUCUAACUGCUUCGAGCCCUGCCUCAAUUGCUGAGGUUCACCAAACACAAAUGAAGGAAAAAAAAAAAUCUGAGCUCAUGUGACGUUAGCGGAUCGCCCGAUUGCACGGAGUCGGCCCAGUAAAAAUGCAUGGCUCCUAUGAAAUCUUUGACUGCAGUGGCAGUUUUGGCUCUUGCCGUCUGCUCCCAGGUAGUCAGUGCUCAGCAACAGCAGCACGUCUUCAGUGACGUUCAGACCACUAUCGCCGACAACUCCCCCCUUGGAGACCUCGGCAACUGGUUUGAAGAUGCCUUGGAAGACAUUCAAGAAGCUGUCGAGGAUGUUCGUAAGACCGUCACCGGUGUUCUUGAGGAUGCUUAUGAUAACUCUCAAAAGGAAUGGCUCAAGGUCUUUUCUCACCCUGCCUUCCCUGAGUAUUCCAUGAGAUACAAAAAGCCUGCGCUUUGUGACCCCGACGUUAAGCAGAUUAGUGGUUAUAUUGAUAUUGAUACCGACAAGCACUUCUUCUUCUGGUUCUUCGAGUCGCGUGAUAAGCCCGCAUCAGACCCCCUUAUUCUUUGGCUCAACGGUGGCCCUGGAUGCAGUUCGUUGACUGGCUUAAUGAUGGAGCUUGGCCCAUGCUCCGUGAACGACGAGGGAACUGAUACCAUCAUCAACAAGUAUUCAUGGAACAACAAUGCCAACAUUGUUUUCUUGGACCAGCCUUUGAACGUUGGCUACUCCUAUGGUAGUGAUGGUGCCAGCAACACCAAUGCUGCCGCCAAGGACGUCUAUGCCUUCCUUCAAUUGUUCUUCCAGGAGUUCCCUGAAUAUGCUGACCUUGAUUUCCAUGUUGCUGGAGAGUCAUAUGCUGGUCACUAUAUCCCCGCUAUUGGUGAACAGAUUCACAACAACAACAAGGGCAAGUUCGCUGUCUCCUCCUUGGCUGCUCAUCAGAACACCCUUGCCGAUAUCAACCUCAAGUCUCUUAUGAUUGGUAAUGGUUUGACCGACCCUCUUAUUCAAUACAAGUGGUAUGCUAAGAUGGCCUGCGAGAACAACUAUGGCCCUGUUUUGGAUAACAGCACUUGCAAGCAAAUGGAAGCCAACUACCCCGCCUGUGCUCGUUUGAUUCAGAACUGCUAUGACAACGGAGGUGUCUUCUCCUGCUUGCCUGCUGCUAUGAAGUGCAACAAGGAUCAACUCCAACCCUACCAACAAACUGGCAUGAACCCCUACGAUGUCCGCAAGAAGUGCGAAGGAGGCAACCUUUGCUACACAAUUUUGGAGAGUGUCAAGAAGUACUUGAACAUUCCUGAAGUAAAGAAGGAGCUCGGUGCUCAAGUCGACACAUAUGAGAGCUGUAACAUGCAGAUCAACUUCCGUUUCCAAAUGGCUGGUGAUUGGAUGAAGCCUUUCCACCUUGCUCUUCCACCGCUGUUGGAAGAUGGUAUCCGUGUUCUUAUCUAUGCUGGUGAUGCUGACUUCAUCUGCAACUGGAUGGGUAACAAAGCUUGGACUCUUGAGCUUCCCUGGUCUGGACAGAAGGAGUUCGCAGCUGCCAAGGACAAGACCUGGUACUCUGAUCUUGGUGACGAGGAAGCUGGUGAAGUUCGUUCCGUUCAAAAUGGCAACUUUACUUUCCUCAGAAUUUAUGGUGGUGGUCAUAUGGUUCCUUAUGACCAGCCUGAGAACUCCCUUGACUUUGUCAACAAGUGGAUCGGUGGCAAGGCUUUGGCUUAAGCGUUGUAACCAAUAAUUUUUUCCCCAUCUAUUUUUCCAUUGUCUGACCCCCGUUCCUUUCUUUUUUUGUUUUGUUUAAACCAUUAUAAACCUCAAUCUAUUCGUCAUGCGAUAAGCGUAUCUCGUAUCAUUACUUGAAUUGAACAUGCGAAUUAACGUUAGUCAUCUCACUCGUCGCUUAACUCGUCAACUGUUGAAUGUAUGUGAUCAGGACACGCGACAUGCUCAGCGAGAGUUACAUUGGAUGCUCAGUCACGUCGCAGCCACCAGUAAAAGCUCAAAGACGACGGAGAGCUUGACAUUCCACGAUGCGCAGCGA